ACCCCCGGGUGGGAAGGAAAGGGCUGCCGAUGUGGGCCGGUGCUGCCAGACUUUCAGAGGCGAGCUGCCACCCACCCACGGAGUCGGACCCCCGGGCAGUAACGGGGAGGGCGGCAGUGUCCCGCUCGUUGCCGUUCCCCGCACCCCCCUAGGAGGCUUCAUGGGGAGGAGAGGGCCCUUUUGCACACCAAGUUCUUGCGAGACAUCGAGUGUGGAGGACACCCUGGAGGAGGAGACGGAACCCUCCUGUUUCCUGGGCCUCAGCCCCAGGUGAGGCUGGCCACAGGUGACCACAGAGACCUAGCCUGGUGCUGUGCAGCCGCUGGGUCUGUGAAGGGGAGUGAGGCACUCCUCACCCCGUGGCAGCUCCUAAUCAGGCCUCUCCCCUGCACCUGCACAUCAUGUGGCUGUGGCUCCCAGGAUGAGACAGGCUUGGUGAGUGAUGAAGGAGAGGGACGCCUCCGCUAUAAGCCACCCUUCUUUCAGGCUAUGUGCAUUUCCGACUCUGUUCUCAGGGUUUAACCGAAACCCUAACGCGGCAGAGUGGGACCCAGGCCUUGCCCUCUGGGCAAGUGGCUCCCUGUGUGUGUGAGGCUCCCGCCUGCAUGUGUGCGUGUGCAUGUGUGCGUGUGCAUGUGUGCAUGUGUGCGUGUGCAUGUGUGCCUGCACACGGGGAAGGAAAGUUUUUCAGCUGCUGAGGAUGGGAGUAGGGGCUGGAGCAGCACCCUGCAGGGACACCCCACAGGAAAAUCGAUGGUUCUGAUGUUCUCAGCCUCUGGGUGCAAAUUCCUGAGGGCACAGGAACGUCUGGCACCCCUGGGCAGCUUGCUGGGGGAAGCUCCGUGGAGGAGGACAUCCCGAGGUCGGUAAGUCCAGGCGGGGUCUGCUGGGGGGCGGGAAUGCUCUGAGCAAGGUCCCGGAAGUCCAGAGCUCCUGAGGGAUCCGGGACCAGGGGCACUGGGGAGUUUCAGAGUUGGUCGCUGCCACAGCCCUCACAAGUGAGGCUGCUCUCUGGGACUGGCCACCUUCUCGCCUCGGCCACUUCGCAGUCCUGGGGGGCAGCUGUGGCUCUUGCUGGGAACCAGCUGAACCUCCCUGGGGCUUGGGGGUGGGGAGGUGCUGAAGUGAGGCUCACCCGUCUGUGGCUCACUCCCGCCACCUAGAGGCCACUGUUCCUCACAGGCUCGGGGCCAGUCACCGGCCUCCGCCCAGGGGGCAGGACCUCCCCACCGGAUUGCAGUUUCUCUGAUCACCAGGAUGGGCCUACACCUCUCCCCCUGCAGCGGCUGCUUCCACGCAGGACUGGAGCAUGUCAGGGUUCGGGGCUGCUGUCAGGGGAGUGGCUGCGGCCUGCAGGUCAGAGGCACCCGACUUCUUUUGCUAACCCCCUUCUCUGCCUGUCCUGUCCACCCCUUUCUCUCCAUCACCUGCCCCUGCCAUGAACCAUGAACCAGUGACCCCAUCCACACCUGUCUGACCAGGCUCCCCACGUGCCCUGACGUAGCCCCGUAGGCUGGGCCCACAGCUGACAUCCCUUCCUGGGGAAUUCCCGACCUGCCAGCCAUUGUUCUUAAGGCACCCCAGCAUCUUGACCUCCCUCUAUCUGCAGCCUCUGUGGGCCGGGCCUCCACUAGGACCCCCUGAGACAUGUCAGGCUCCUCACGAGCUCUGUCUUGUGUGGCCAUGCCCAGGGCCCCAGGAGGUAGAAGACCAGCGGGCAUCUCAUGGAGGAGGAAAAAGGGCCCAGAGAGGGACUUCCGCUCCAGCUCAGCAAGGGAGUCCCAGUUCCCAGAGUCCUUGUUGAGCCCCCUGCUCCACGGUGCACAAGAACAAGAUGUGACCAACUGGGCAGCCUCUGCAGUUCCAGCAGCAGCCAGCGUGUGGGCACGACACAGUUCCCAUCCGUGCCAGCUCAGCAUGGGCCCAGAUGACCAGAUUUGGUUCAUGGCCUUGUUCAUAACUGAACGAACGACACCUUUCUGCUACAGGCAUGUGAUGUCAAUCAGCUUACAUCAUCUUGACAGGAGCCCUGUGAGGAGGCCACUGUCGUCAAUCCAGCUUCACAAGUGGGGAGACUGAGAUACAGAGCGGUCAACGUGCAGAGCCCAGAAUCUGCUCCCUGGUAGCUGACUUGGGAGGCAGAGGCCCCCCGCACCUCGCGAACCCCAGCAGUGGCCCCUUCCAGACGCCACGUCCAGCUACUGCGCGCUUACACCUGCAGGGCCCCACAAGAGGCCUCCCAGUGUGCGCGGGCCUCUUGAAGAGAUAACCUCCACUCAGAGGUCCGAAUGACCCAAACUCGGCUCUGGGAGGCUGGGGACGGCCCUCCAAGCCAAGGGGGGAGCGCGCAGGGCCCAGCGGGGCCCAAGAGCAGGGCUGAGGGCGCUGGGUCCUGAGCCACCCACUGAAGGACGCUGGGGGACAGCAAGGCCCGAAGCAGGAGGAGAGAAAGGAGCGGAUUCCCGGGCUUCCUGGGCCCGGGUCGCUCCAGGCUGUCUGGGCUCCGGGAGGGGCGUGCCCGGGGCGCCUCCCGAGCGGGUUAUAGUGGGACCACGAGUCUCUGGCGGCGGCGGGUCAGGACUACACUUCCCAGGAGGCUGUGCGCGCCGCGUGGCGCCUGGGAGUUGUAGUCCAGAGCGCGGCGGGCGCGGGCGCGACGGGCGGGGCAGGCGGGCGCGUGGACUACGCGUCCUAGGAUGCCGCGCGCGGCCGCGGGGCCGAGGGUUUGAACCGAGGGUCCGCCGUCCGCGGCGGGGCUGCGUCGGCUGCGGCGGGUGCGGGAGGUGGCGACGAGCGGGGCCGGGGUCCCAGCCCGGCUGCGGAGGCGGGCGCGACGGGUGCGGGGGUCGCUGCUCCUGAGGCGAUGAUGGGCAAGGAAGAGGAGAUUACGCGGAUCGCCCGGAGGCUGGACAAGAUGGUGACCAAGAAGAGCGCGGAGGGAGCCAUGGAUCUGCUGCGGGAGCUGAAGGCCAUGCCUAUCACGCUGCACCUGCUCCAGUCCACCCGAGUCGGGAUGUCUGUCAACGCCCUUCGGAAGCAGAGCUCCGACGAGGAGGUCAUUGCACUGGCCAAGUCCCUCAUCAAGUCCUGGAAGAAGCUCCUGGAUGCUUCAGAUGCCAAAGCCAGGGAGCGGGGGAGGGGCACGCCUCUGCCCACGUCCUCGAGGGAUGCCUCAGAGGCCCCGGAUCCCAGCCGCAAGAGGCCGGAGCUGCCCAGGGCACCGUCGACUCCAAGGAUCACCACAUUUCCUCCGGUGCCUGUCACCUGUGAUGCUGUUCGCAACAAGUGCCGUGAGAUGCUGACUGCUGCCCUGCAGACGGCCCACGACCACGUGGCCAUCGGUGCGGACUGCCAGCGCCUGUCGGCUCAGAUCGAGGAAUGCAUCUUCCGGGACGUUGGAAACACAGACAUGAAGUACAAGAACCGUGUAAGGAGUCGUAUCUCCAACCUGAAAGAUGCCAAGAACCCUGACCUGCGGCGGAAUGUGCUGUGUGGGGCCAUAACACCCCAGCAGAUUGCCGUGAUGACCUCAGAGGAGAUGGCCAGUGAUGAGCUGAAGGAGAUCCGUAAGGCCAUGACCAAGGAGGCCAUCCGAGAGCACCAGAUGGCCCGUACUGGUGGCACGCAGACAGACCUGUUCACCUGCGGCAAGUGCAGAAAGAAGAACUGCACCUACACGCAGGUGCAGACCCGCAGCUCUGAUGAACCCAUGACCACCUUUGUUGUCUGCAACGAGUGUGGAAACCGCUGGAAGGUGGGUGAGCGGGUUCAGGCUGCCCCUUCCAGCUCCAUUCUCUGGAGGUGGGGUGUCUCAGCCUCUGUGGGGUCUGUGGUGUGAACUGGGGAUGGCCCUGCCCAGCCAGCCUCCUGGGAGUCGUGGGCAUGGUGGGGGGAGACUUCAGCCUUGGGUGAGCCUGUGUGGCCUUCUCUCUGGGGAGUCUCGUGGCCACAAGGCUGGAGGCCUCACCCCCUUUUCCGCAGUUCUGCUGAGCCCUUGUGCAGAUGUGCUGCAGCCUUGGGCCGUGGCCAGUGCUGGUCUCCCCCGCCCACGUCCUCCGUUGAUACAGCUUCUCUGGAGACCCUAGAAGGCGGCAUGUCCUGCCGUCAACCUGCCUGCCUGGAUUGCACCUUUCUGCCCUUUCCCCCUCGUUAUUAAAUGUUUCUUUUUGCCA